UCGUGCAUAAACAGCUUGGCUAAUGUGGAAGCAGAGAGUGGACGUCAUGGAUCAGGAGUGAGCACAGACACACAGGAGGAGGCUGCAGUCAGGAAUCAGCAGCACUGCAGACUGAGCAGCUGUACUGUCACCAGUGAGAGCAAAGGUUUGUUUGCAGGAGGAGAACCCUGUGACUCGUACAUGCCUUUAUCUGAGAUGUCGUGGCGUUUGUCUUUCCGCUGCUCAAAGUUUCGCCAUGUCUUCGGGAAGCCGGCCACCAAGGAGCACAGCUAUGACGGGGUGCCAAUCACACGCAGCGUCCACGACAACCACUACUGCUCAGCCAAUCCCUGCUUCAUCGCCGUGGUGACCGAGUGCGCUGGGGGCGGGUCCUUUUUGGUCCUGCCCAUCCAUCAUACAGGGAGGGUGGAUCCUCAGCAUCCGAGGGUGUGUGGUCACAGUGGGAGAGUCCUGGACGUCAAGUGGAACCCGUUUGAUGAUCAUUGCAUCGCCUCGUGCUCAGAGGACUGUACUGUGAAGAUCUGGGACAUCCCGGUCUGUGGCGUCCAACAGAAUUUAACCAAGGCCAGGAAGACUCUGAUUGGUCACUCCAGGAGGGUGGGGCUGAUCGAGUGGCAUCCCACAGCUGAAAACCUGCUGCUUAGCUCUGCCUAUGACUACAAGGUCUUUCUCUGGGACAUCUCCCAGGUGGGUGCAGUAAUUAGGAUCCCGGUCCAGGUGGUUCUGAUGCCUGUCCAUCACCGCUAUCCAUCUGAGACGCUGCUGCUUUCCGUCAGCUUCAACAGCGAUGGCAGCAGGCUGGCGGUCUCGUCCAAAGACAGACGGGUUAGAGUCCUGGACCCGCGGACAGGAAAGAUUUUACAGGUGUCCAGCAGUAAAACCCACAGGGCCAGUAAGGUGUUAUACAUCCCAGGGUUGAAGAUGCUUCUGUCCACCGGCAGUUCGCCCUGGAACCACAGACAGAUCGUCCUCUGGGACCCUGACGACUUAUCUGAACCUCUGUAUGAAGAAGAUUUGGACGGGUCUGCAGGAGUUCUCUUCCCGUUCUACGACCCAGACACACACAUGCUCUACUUGGCUGGAAAGGGUGAUGGGAACAUCCGGUACUACGAGCUGAGCGCUGAGAAACCUUACAUUAGCUUCCUGACAGAGUACAGGUCCCUGCUGCCACAGAAAGGACUUGGAGUGAUGCCAAAGCGUGGCCUGGACGUGAGCGUCUGUGAGGUUUUCAGAUUUUAUCGUCUCAUCGCUGUCAAAGACCUGGUGGAACCACUGUCGAUGAUCGUACCACGAAAAGAGUCAGGUAUUUUCCAAGAGGAUCUAUACCCAAUGACAGCUGGAAACCAGGCGGCCAUGACGGCUCAGGAGUGGCUGUCAGGGAUCAACAGGGGCCCAGUGCUGAUGUCCCUGAAGCCUGGGACUCAAGUAGCCAACCCUUACCCAGAAACCCCAGCUGAGAAGGGGCUGGUGAGGCAGCUGAGCAACCUCAGGUUCCAGAUGGGCCCGGCUGUUGGUGCAGUGACUGGGACAAACCUGGACUUCAUGGAAGUGGCCUUCCUUGAGGAACAGCUGGCAUACCAGGACGCCAAGUACCCCAGAGAUCUGAGCGAUCUGUCGGGGUGGCAGCCAGAUGAGACCCAGAUCCCGCUGUGGAUGUACUGCUGCACUCCACACUGCUGCGAACCUGCAGAGAGACCACCACCGACCACCGAAAGAGAGCUCCUCCAAGCAUUUUACAGACAGCAAGACGAGAUUAGAGGCCUGAAGGAACAACUUAAUAAGAAAGAUGUGAGGAUCGCUCAACUGGAGCUGGAAAUCAAAAACACCAGAAACAACAUGAGGGCGACCUUCUGAUCCUACCAACCAAGUCUACAGCUACUGUUUUGUCACUGAUCCAAUCAAAAUACUCAACACUUCCUACCAAUAAAAGACACACAGCACUGGCAUUUUUACAUGGUGAUUGCUUUGUGUUAACACAUUUAACCUUUGUCAGGUAAGUUCUUCAGCAGACCAAUAAUAAUAGUAUCAGUAAUAGUAAAUGCUUAGGUUCUUCACUGAGAUUAUAGAAUAUUCAAUUUGAAUUCAAACAAAUCUGCUAUAAUGCCACAAAAGGAAACGGAUGAACACCUGUUCUACCAAAGUCAUUCAGUUUGUAAGAUACAGUUGAUUUUUUUACCUGACAUUUCCAUUUUUUAGCCUCUUUGCUGUAGGAAUGGAAGCAUCUAUUGAUCCACCACUGGAUGGAAUGUUGUGGAAUUUGAUACAUUAAUGAUUCUAAUUCCUUUGAUGUGUCACCUGAAGAUUCCAAACUUCCAAGAGUUAAAAGCCUAAUAACGCUGCUAAUAACAAAAUUGUGGUUUUUGUCAAUGGAGUCUGGUGGUGAUAUUGUGACUUUUAUCUACUAUUAUCAUACUCUAAUAAUACUAAUAUAAAGUAAUGAGGGGACGCUCUCAGGGAGACAAAAGGCGAGAGUAGGGACGCCAGGAGCAAAAUGUUAAGAUUUUAUUUACAAAGUCCUUUUUGUAUGUUUUUUUGUUUGUUUUUCCUUUAACUUACAGAAAGUAAAAAAAAAACACAAA